GGAUGGCAUUUUAGUGAACCCAUUAAGCCUUCAUAGCUCAAAUCUGCAUUCAGAUUUCUGAAAUACUUUGUACAGUGUGGUAAAGUCAUAUUUACCAAGUACCUUCCUCACUGUACUCCUAUGAGGAAGGUAGUAAAAAUCUUAUUGCCAUUUUCCAGAUGAAGAAACUAAGACUGAGAGAUUAAGUAACUUGAGACAGGGCAUCCAGCUAAGAAGUGUUUAAAUCAGCACUGCUACACCUCAAUCUUGCUAUAGAGAUGUCCCAGAGAUGGUCAUAUUUGUGCAAAAUAGUAACGAUACAUUGAGAGACCAUUCAGCAUGGAGGACAGGAGCUGGUCUUGGCAUCAGGAAUCCAGGAAGACAUGGAUUCAUCUUUCCUGUGAUACCUACUGGCCAGAUGAUCCUGGUGACAUGAGUUAACAUCUGAGUCAUCACGAGGAUACAGCAUGGGCUUGGAGAUAGAGAUGAUUUCUGAUGCCUUUCAUCAUUCAAAAGAUGAGCCAACCAGCCCAAGCAUUGAUCAGGAUGUGGCACAUAUUCCUGCUUCUGCUGUCAUUUCAGCAUCCACCUCUCAUGUGCCCACUAGAGCACAGAUUCCUCCCAGCCUUCCAAGUUCAGCCCCUUUAAUUUGCUGUCAGCUGUCACACGACCAUGAUGACACCAGUCCUCCAGAAGGCACGUGGAGAAAAGGCAUUGCAAACGUUAAGAACAAAACACUUCCGAAAAAGCCUGUAGGAACCUUUGGGGUCACCCUUGGUGACUGCCUGCCAGCUCACACGAAUCCGUACAUUCCACGCAUAGUUGAGAUCUGCUGCCAGUUAAUUAAGGAAAGAGGACUUCACCAUACAGGGAUUUAUAGAGUUCCUGGAAAUCAUGCUGCCAUCUAUAGGAUGCAAGAAGAACUCAGCAAAGGAAUGGCUGACAUCAAUCUACAGGAUGAUAAAUGGCAAGACUUGAAUGUUAUCAGCAGUCUGCUGAAACUGUUCUUCAGAAAACUCCCUGAGCCUCUCUUCACAAAUGAUAAAUACGAGGACUUUAUUGCAGCCAUUCGGAAAGAAGAUCCCCUGGAGCGUCUUAAAACAUUAAAAAGACUAAUUCAUGAUUUGCCUGAACAUCAUUACGAAACCCUUAAGUUUCUUUCUGCUCAUCUGAAGACAGUAGCAGAAAAUUCAGAAAAAAACAAGGUAGGUAAAUAAAGAAUUCUAGAAAUAUUCUUUCACGUUUUCAAUCCAAACCUUAUGGUGUAUAUCACAAAAUUCAAAGGAGACUGCUAAUGAAAAGGAAUGGGCACAAAUUUGUCUAGCUGGCUUAGUCACUAACCAGGUCCCCAGAUCUAGAAACAGCAGAAGGAAAGGGCACAGAUGUAAACUAGUUCUGAUGGUUCCGAUAUUUUUCUUCCUACUCCUUAGAUAUGUCUGUCUUUCUCAUCUCCUGGCCUUCACACAGCUCAUAAUUGCCGGGUCAGUAUGAUAGGAGUGGGAA